AUGUGCACCUGGAAGGUGACCAAUUCUUUCUCUUUCUUGAAUGUUGCAAGUGGGAGUGGUGUUCCUCCUAGUACAAGACCUCAAACUUGUAAGCGCUGUAAAGGAUGCUCGUACAAACUGGCAUAUUUUGGAUGGAGAGUACAUGUGGUACAUGUAAGGGAACUGGCAAAAUUGUAUCGAUCUGCAAGUUAUGCAAAGGUGCAAAGGAUUGACAACAAUGAAACUACAAAGAUUUAUAGAAGUGGUGGUGCAGAUCCUGAUGGAGAUAACCCUGGUGAUCUUUACGUUACUAUCAAGAUUAGGGAAGAUCCUCUCUUCUAUAGAGAAGGAUCUGAUAUUUAUGUAAAUGUUAUCUUAAGUAUCACUCAGUUUGGGUGUGAUGGAUUUGGCUUUGAUUUAUGGGUUGACAACAAUGAAACUAUAAAGGUUUAUAGAAGUGGUGGUGCAAAUCCUGAUGGAGAUAACCCUGGUGAUCUCUAUGUUACUGUUAGGGAAGAUCAUCUCUUCUGUAGAGAAGAAUCUGAUACUCAUGUAAUUUCCGUAGAGAAGGAUAUGAUAUUCAUGUAG